AACUCUCGCGCGAAAAAACAACAACAAAUGCUGCAGAAAUGGCGGCCGGUUAUAUUCAAAGAUUCCCCUCAAAGCGGUGUUUCGAACGUAAUUUUAAGAGUUAUGUACAGGACACGAUGACAAAGUUCGUCGUUUGGACAAAAGACAGGACUUUUGGUGUGGAGGACCCCAAACUAGGAUCCAAAUGCAUUGUAUGGGAACUCCAGUACGUUCCUUUUGACGGGAUACCCUUCAUGUUGGUGGGGAGGAUGGUUUACUCCUGUCACAGAGGCGCAGACAAGCACAAACACCAAAAACAGAAGAGACAAGAACAGCUGCUUGAUGACAGCUCGGACCAUUGUAAUAAAGAGAAGCGACGUCGUCUCCGGGUCUCCAAGAAACUGGACUGUCCAGCCAGAAUAUAUGUGGUCCAUUUAAUCAGAUUCCCUGAUUACAAGAUACCUGAUAACAUUCCUAAACAGAGGAAGGCGAGCGCUUGCCAACUGAGACGUGCUAUAGCAUCAAACCCAUCGGCGGUGAAGUUUGAUGAGCAGUAUGUUGCUUACUUCCCAGGGGUUGAUGAGCACAAAAAACAUCCUGUGGUUGGAGAGGCCAGAGAAAUUCAAGAGACAGUGGACACUACGAUGCAGAAACCUAUUGAGACAUUAGUGGAUGAUGGCAACACACCAACCCAAGACGACGACACCAACAGAAUAAAACCUAAACAACAAAAGUGUGAGAGCUUACUCCGAGAGAUUUCUGAUCUCACUUCUGAUCUACAUGAUGAGCUAUUUUUGGACUUGUUGACUGUUCGAUUGAAGGACCUUUUGGAGGAUGUGAGGUGUCAUACGUCUCAUGAUGCCACACUUCCUGUGCCUUACACGCCUCCAUGCAAAAAACGGAAAUGCCUUGAACCCCUUAAUGCAAUUCCCGAAAAUCAUCCAUCCUCUGCUGUGGAAGAUUUGGCCGAUGUGGAAAAGCAGUGAAAGCAAUCUUCAAGAUUUUUAUUUUUUUUUUUUGCUUGUAGAGUUAUUUAAUACUUGCAUGUCAUUUGUUGUUGUGCCUUGUGUCAAUUCUUUACAUUUUGUUUACCUUGGGGUAAAAUAAAUCCAAACUUGAAAAUGAAA